AUGGGCACCGCCCCCAGCAUCACCAAACUGUCCCUGGGGGCCCCCGCACAUCCAGCGCACCGUCUCGCCGAGCCCGACGUGAGGGCGCGGUCGCCUUCCCGGUCGGAGGCCGUGGACCGAACGCGUAGGGGAAAACCGACCCUAGCGCGUGACGGGACCGACGAGGGUGGCGUGCGGACACGGGACGUCCACCUCGGCCGUCGGGGACCGGGGACCCGGGAGAGCCGCGGGACUCUGGCACGGCGACGCCCGGGCCGGGACACGCCUUUUGACCAGAGCGGACCGGGGACCCGGGAGAGCCGCGGGACUCUGGCACGGCGACGCCCGGGCCGGGACACGCCUUUUGACCAAAGCGGACGGGGGACCCGGGAGAGUCGCGGGACUCCGGCACGGCGACGCCCGGGCCGGGACGCGCCUUUCGACCGGACCGAGGCCGUUUCUCGGAGCCCUCUCGAGCCACGGCCGCGGGGCUCGGGAGCGUCGCUCGGGACGCGCCCCCCUACGCACCCUCCGAUUCCCGAGUCCCCUCGACCUCCGCUCCCCUCUCGGGACCCCCGCACGUGCUUUUCGGGCCUGUGCCUACGCGCGUACGCCUGGGAGGCCGUGUCUCGGAGCCCUCUCGAGCCACGGCCGCGGGGCUCGGGAGCGUCGCUCGGGACGCGCCCCCCUACGCACCCUCCGAUUCCCGAGUCCCCUCGACCUCCGCUCCCCUCUCGGGACCCCCGCACGUGGUUUUCGGGCCUGUGCCUACGCGCGUACGCCCGGGAGGCCGUGUCUCGGAGCCCUCUCGGGCCACGGCCGCGGGGCUCGGGAGCGUCGCUCGGGACGCGCCCCCCUACGCACCCUCCGAUUCCCGAGUCCCCUCGACCCUCCGCUCCCCUCUCGGGACCCCCGUACGUGCUUUUCGGGCCUACGCGCGUCCGCCCGGGAGGCCGUGUCUCGGAGCCCUCUCGGGCCACGGCCGCGGGGCUCGGGGGCGUCGCUCGGGACGCGCCCCCCUACGCCCCCUCGGAUUCCCGAGUCCCCUCGACCUCCGCUCCCCUCUCGGGACCCCCGUACGUUCUUUUCGGGCGUGUCUCGGAGGCCUCUCGAGCCACGGUCGCGGGGCUCCGGGGUGUCGCUCGGGACGCGCCCCCCUACGCCCCCUCCGAUUCCCGAGUGCCGGCGACCUCCCCUUCCGCCGGGCCCGACCGUAGACGCCGCGCGUCUGGGGCCCGUAUCUCGGCGGCCCCUCGACCCACGGCCGCGGGACCCGGAGGCUCCGCCCGUGCCCUGACCCCGCCCGCCCCCUCCGAUUCCCGAGUGCCGGCGACCUCCCCUUCCGCCGGGACCGACCCUAGGCGUCGCGCGUCCGGGGCCCGUAUCUCGGCGGCCCCUCGAGCCACGGCCGCGGGGCUCGGGAUCGUCGCUCGGGACGCGCCCCCCUACGCCCCCUCCGAUUCCGGCGGGCCUACGACCUCCCCUUCCGCCGGGCCCGACCCUAGACGCCGCGCGUCUGGGGCCCGUAUCUCGGCGGCCCCUCGGCCCCCGGCCGCGGGACUCGGAGGCUCCGCCCGUGCCCGUGCCCCGCACGUACCGUCCGAUUUCGUGUCCCAGAGAGAGCCUUCGGGCCGGACCUCUCGUAUCGGGCCGGGACUCGGCGUGGGCGCCCCCCCGGGCCUGAAGCGCGCCCUGUCCGGAGCCCCGCCCCCUGAGUGGGCGGGAACCGGAACGGGGGGCACCGUGUCCACACGGAUGAUCUGUGAGGAGGUUCACCAGAUCACAAGUUCCUUUCCAUGCCGUGUCCUAGACGGCUGCUCUGUCGCCGGGCCCGAGGGUGACCUAGGACGUGUCGAGCAGUUCGGCCGGGUGGUUAGUGAACAAUAUAACCAAAGCGUCAUCGAAGAGGGGCCCUCCCUUCCUUCCUGGGGCCCGGGACCCGACGAGGGAACGUUCACCGGAUGCCGGGGGGAGGUCCUAGAGACACGGGACCGACGCGGGCGUCCUCACACGCCCGCGCCCUGGCCGCACGCCGAUUACGGGGCCGAUCGGACCGCGUCCCGGGCGGAGAUCGCCGGGGGCCCCCGGGGCCCCUCGGGGCGGAGCGCCCCGGCACGACGGGCGCCCCCUCCGGGUCCCGGGACGAUCGGACGGGGUCCGCCCGAGACUCGGGCCGGGGCCCCCGGGGACCCCGCGGGGGGCCCCCCCUGCCCCACGGGCGCGCCCCGUGCGCUCCGGGGCCCGUCGUGGGAAGGGAUCGCUAAAGUGUGA